GGAAGCCGCGGCGGGGAGCAAGCUGUCGGCUCCGUGCCUCACCCCUCUCUCCCUCCCACUCUUGGUCUGUCACAGGACCCCGCUAUGAGGAAGUUGGCCCCUGAGCUGGAGCUGCAGCUGCCUCGUUAGGGUGCGGUCCGAGGCGUGGAGAACUGGGAUGUAAAACGAAGAUCGGGAGCAAAUUUGAAGAAAUGCAAAGUGAGUUGGUGCCAUUCAGCAUGUCCGAGACAGAGCACAUAGCCUCCAUUUCCUCUGAUAAAAAUAUUGGGAAAGCAACUGAAUUAAAGGAAGACUCAUGCAACUCAUUUUCUGGUGAUGAAAGCAGCAGAUUAGAAGAUGAGUCCAAAUUAUUGUCAUUAAACUUUGAAAAUACUUUAUGUCAGCCUAAUGAGCACAAUAACCAGAUUGAAACACAGGAAAAUUAUAUUCCAGAUCUUGGAGGAGGUGAGGAUUCUUGUGCUAACACAGACAUAUGCCCAGAAAAUUCUGAACAAAUAGCUAAUAUUCCUAGUGGAGAUUUUGCAAAGCACAUUUCAAAAACAAAUGAAACAGAACAGAUAGUAAUACAAAUAUUGGCGGAAUUGAAGUCGUCUACAUUUACAGAAGCAGCUAAUCAAAAGACUUAUUCAGAAAGUCCCUAUGAUACAGACUGCACCAAGAAACUUAUUUCAAAAAUAAAAAAUGUUUCAGCAUCAGAGGAUUUGUUGGAAGAAAUAGAAUCUGAGCUUUUAUCUACGGAGUUUGCAGAACACCGAGUAUCAAAUGGAAUGAAUAAGGGAGAACAUGCAUUAGUUCUGUUUGAAAAGUGUGUGCAAGAUAAGUAUUUGCAGCAGGAACGUACCAUAAAAAAGUUAAUUAAAGAAAAUAAGAAGCAUCAGGAGCUCAUCUUAGACAUUUGUUCAGAAAAAGACAAUUUAAGAGAAGAACUAAAAAAAAGAACAGAAACAGAGAAGCAGCAUAUGAGCACAAUUACACAGUUAGAAUCAAGAAUAGAGGAACUUAAUAAAGAAGUUAAAGCUUCCAAAGAUAAACUGGUAGCUCAAGACAUUGCAGCUAAAAAUGCAAUUCAGCAGUUACACAAAGAGAUGGCCCAGCGUAUGGAACAGGUCAACAAGAAGUGUGAAGAGGCCCGCCAAGAAAAAGAAGCAAUGGUAAUGAAGUAUGUCAGAGGCGAGAAGGAAUCUUUAGACCUUCGAAAGGAAAAAGAGAUGGUUGAGAGAAAACUUAGAGAUGCAAAUAAGGAACUUGAGAAAAACACUAACAAAAUUAAGCAGCUUUCUCAGGAGAAAGGACGGUUGCACCAGCUGUAUGAAACAAAGGAAGGCGAAACGACUAGACUCAUCAGAGAAAUAGACAAGUUAAAGGAAGAUAUCAGCUCUCAUCUCAUUAAAGUAAAGUGGGCACAAAACAAAUUAAAAGCUGAAAUGGAUUCACAUAAGGAAACCAAAGAUAAACUCAAAGAAACAACAACAAAGUUAACACAAGCAAAAGAAGAAGCAGAUCAGAUAAGAAAAAACUGUCAGGAUAUGAUAAAAACAUAUCAGGAGUCAGAAGAAAUUAAAUCAAAUGAGCUUGAUGCAAAGCUUAGAGUCACAAGAGGAGAACUUGAAAAACAAAUGCAAGAAAAAUCUGACCAGCUAGAGAUGCAUCAUGCCAAAAUAAAGGAACUCGAAGAUCUGAAGAGGACAUUUAAGGAGGGUAUGGAUGAGCUACGAACACUAAGAACAAAGGUGAAAUGUCUAGAAGAUGAACGAUUGAGAACAGAAGAUGAAUUAUCAAAAUAUAAGGAAAUUAUUAAUCGCCAAAAAGCUGAAAUUCAGAAUUUAUUGGACAGAGUGAAAAUUGCAGAUCAGAUACAGGAGCAGCUUCAAAGAGGUAAACAAGAAAUUGAAAAUUUGAAGGAAGAAGUGGAAAGUCUUAAUUCUUUGAUUUAUGACCUACAAAGAGACAUCGAAGGCAGUAGGAAAAGAGAAUCGGAGCUACUACUGUUUACAGAAAAGCUCACUAGUAAGAAUGCACAGCUUCAGUCUGAAUCCAAUUCUUUGCAGUCACAAUUUGAUAAACUUUUCUGUAGUGAAAGUCAGUUACAAAGCCAAUGUGAACAAAUGAAACAGGCAAAUGUUAAUUUGGAAAGUAGAUUGGCAAAAGAGGAAGAACUGCGAAAAGAGGAAGUCCGGACUUUGCAAGCUGAACUCACUUGUAGACAAACAGAAGUUAAAGCAUUGAGUACCCAGGUAGACGAAUUAAAAGAUGAGUUAGUAACUCAAAGACGCAAACAUGCCUCUAGUAUCAAGGAUCUUACCAAACAACUUCAGCAAGCACGAAGAAAAUUAGAUCAGGUUGACAAUGGAAGCUAUGAUAAAGAAGUCAGCAGCAUGGGAAGUCGUUCUAGUUCAUCAGGGUCCCUUAAUGCUCGGAGUAGUGCAGAAGAUCGAUCUCCAGAAAACAUGGGGUCAUCAGUAGCUGUGGAUAACUUUCCAGAAGUAGACAAGGCCAUGUUGAUUGAGAGGAUAGUUAGGCUGCAAAAAGCACAUGCCCGGAAAAAUGAAAAGAUAGAAUUUAUGGAGGACCACAUCAAACAAUUAGUAGAAGACAUUAGGAAAAAAACAAAAGUAAUUCAGAGUUACAUUUUGCGGGAAGAAUCGGGCACACUUUCUUCAGAGGCAUCUGAUUUUAACAAAGUCCAUUUAAGUAGACGAGGUGGUAUCAUGGCGUCUUUAUAUACAUCUCAUCCAGCUGACAGUGGAUUAACACUGGAGCUCUCUUUGGAGAUCAACCGGAAAUUACAGGCUGUUUUGGAGGAUACAUUACUAAAAAAUAUUACUUUGAAGGAAAAUCUCCAAACACUUGGAACAGAAAUAGAACGUCUUAUUAAACACCAGCAUGAACUAGAACAGAAGACAACAAAGAAAACCUAACACAAAGCUCUUGCUCAGUCAUCAGACGAAAGCCACACAGGAGCAGGUGCCACUGACCAGUACUGUUGAAAACUUCCCUGCUUUGUGUGUCACCGACUAAAAAAUUUGUUUUGCUUCAUCUGUACUAAAAAGUAACAUUUUACAAUAUGAAUGCAUUGCUGUGUAUACUGUAAGAGUGUAAACUUUGAAGAAAUUUGUCUUUGUAUGGUGCGGUACAGCCUGUCGUUGAAUCUAAACAGCUUAGUUUGCUCGUAGUCAUGUGAAGUGCUGAUCCCACAAGGGAUUUUAAACCCCUUGUCCAUAUUUUUUCCCUUAAAAAUAUACAAGGGUACUUCAAAAGGUUCAUAGAAAAAUAGAAUUAAAAGAUAAUACUAAUCUUUCCAUGAACUUUUUGAAGUACCCUUAUAUAAUGUCAAAAAUGAGUCAGCUUUUAAAAAUUUUACAUGAAAAGAUAGGUGUUAGUCAUUCAGUAAUAUGCUGCUUCUCCAACAUCAAGAAAACUAAAGAAAAAACAGAAAUGUUUGUUUGACAUUCCAGUAUAUUUGGUUGUGUUUUAGGGAUGCAUAUAAGUAAUUUUAAUUUUAAUGAAAUCUGAGUUUAAUAGCAAAGCUAGCUGUUGGUAACUAGCAGUGAUCAGGCAUUGUAUGCCUCUGUCAGGUUUCCUUAUGUGUUAGGUACAUCUUUUCAGAUUCAGAUUGUUUGAAUUAAUAGAUGAAUUUUUAAAUCUUUAGUUACUUAAAAUACGAUUUUAAAUAACAUGUUUAUUUAGAAAAUUUCUAUGGUCUUCAGUUAUAUUUUAAAAUGUGAAAUGGAUGCAAUCAUUAGAACAGACAGUUGAAUAAUUCUUUGAAACUGAAAUACUUUAGUUUUACUGAAAUCAUGUAAAGGCAAAUGUAAUAGUGUUUAAGAUAUUUAUGAAGAACCAGUUCCCAAGAGAAACCGGUAUAGGGCAUUAUUGACCAUUUCAUUUGCACACCAUUCUUUACUAUUGAUAUAAUUAUGUAUUAUAGUGGAGUGAUCAUACUCCCCAAAUUUGAUGUUUUGAUAUAUUUAUUUAAAACAUAAAGUAAUUAUAUCUCUGUAACCAAAGGAAUUUUAGAGCCAAAUUUUUGUAUCUUGUUGGAUUUUUACAAUAUUUAAGAUGUACACUUAAAUGUUGUCAUAGUAUCAAUAUUUCUGUCAUUGAAUUUUGUCUUACCUCUUAAAAUUUCCCACUAAUUAUGAUUUCUGUGUGAGUUUUCAUAUUUCAUUAUAUUCAGAUCGUUAGUAUAGUAGGAUACCAUGGCUCAUGAACACAUGUUGCAGUAAGACUCAGUUUUGUUUUGGAUUUUUGCAUCCUUUUUUCCCCCCUUAAGGGAAGUAAGCUUUGGGGUGAUGGAUUAAAAGCCUUUAUAUAAUUGUAUGGGCUCUAAAAGUUGGGCUCAUGGUGGCAAUGUCCUUAUAAUGUGUUUUAACAUUUUUAAAAUCAACUUAACAUUGUUUAAAAAGAUAAUUUAAGGACAAGAUGAUUCAAUGUAGUAUUUUAUUUCUUCUGUGUAUUGACUUAAUGUUGUCAUCCAAAACAA